AUGGCAUGGGGAGAGGAUGAGAAGUCAUUUGCUUACUUGCAUUGGUUUACAAAGCAAUUGUCUGAAACCAAUCCUGGAUCCCGUGUUGUUUUGGAAACUGACGGGGGUCAAAAGUUUGUGAGAUUGUUCAUUGCCUUCGGAGCAUGUAUCUGUGGAUUUAAUUACUGUCGGCCCUUGCUAUUCAUGGAUGCAGCACAUUUGAAGAGUAAAUAUCUCGGUCACCUGAUGGCAGCAACAGGACCAAACGGGGAUAAUGGUAAUGUUCUUAAACUUUUUUCUACUGAUGCGAACUGGAAAUGGUUUAUGGAGCAUCUCAGGGAAGUGAUUUCUCCUCAAAGACAACUUACAUUUGUGAGUGAUCGAGGUAGUGGUUUAGUCAACCAAAUCCCCGUCGUUUUUCCAGGUGCAUAUCAUGGGUGGUGCUACUGGCACAUGACAAACAAUGUUAAUGCAUGCUUGCCUAAGUCAGCCAAGACAUAUACCAAUUAUGUGUUAAAGUUGUUUGAAAAAUGUGCAUAUGCGAAUACACAUGUAGAGUUUAAGGAGAGUUGGUAUAACUUGAUGCUGGAAGAGAGGGAGAUGCCUAUUAUUGUCAUGGUUGAUAAAAUACGACUGAAGCUUAUGGAAAUGAUGUGCACUCGUCGUGAAGAAUCCGUGACAUUGUUCGAUUGGCGAGGAGUUGUGUCCAAAAAUGGAAAUUGA